AGUACUGCUUUUUUCUUCUUGAUUUAGAAUAUGAGAAAUAGCUUUCAACACUCAAAUUUCUUUUCUGCAUAACAGCAGCAUUGCAGGGUGUAAUUCAUACUUUUUUUUUUUUUACAUCCUCAAACAGUCCAUUUGCUUCUACAAUUCCCAGCUGCUCAUUCCUGUUCUGUACUGCUCCCUUCACUGUUCUGUACUGUUCCUUUCACUAUUCUGUGGGACCACUUCAGUGGCCUGGAUUGAAAACCAAGCAUCUUCAAGAGAAUUAACUUUAUUUCUCACCCCUGCCCCUCGUUUAUUUCUAACCUAAAGAGGGCCCCAUAUCUGUUUUGUUUUUCCUUUAGGUGUGUAUCACAACUUCCUUUGUGUAAUAUUGCUAAUAAAAUACCCAGAAAUCAGUUACUUUUCCUUUAGAACAGUCACCGCAUCUAACCAUAUUGACGUGCCAAAUGCCUGUGAAGGCAGAGUGCAGGAUAGGAAUAAAGGCACUGAAGCACUGGGAGAGGGCUGAAAAACUAUCUGCUAGACUGUGCCACAAGGGAAGGUGUGAGAGCCUUUGGAGUUGGUUAGUUGGUAUUUUGUGAUUUUUUGUUUUGUUUGUUCUUGUCCAAUAAUGUCUCUGUUCAGUGCUGAGCAGUUUCUUUAAAUGAAAACAUUUUGGGGAUUUGAUGUGUCUUUCCAUGUACUUUUAAGUGGGAUCAGAUUGUUAGGUUUCCAGGUUGACAUCUAAGAUUUUUGUGUUAUGUCCUAUGUAAGUGGCAGUUCGUGGUUAAAUUGGUAUCGAAAGGUGAAAUCCCAGAGCUUUGAUAGCUGGGAAACUAAGGAAGAAAUACUUAACGUACUGAAAAAAUAAGACAAAGUUGUUCUGUUAUCUCAAUUUACUACUCUGUAUCUGUUUGAAAUAUUAAGCCUUGCUUCAUAGUCUACAACAACCCAAAUGUUUGAAAAAGAAGCUUGAUCCUGUGCUUGUUUUAUUUUCUUCUCUCAUGGAAGAUGCCAGCGAUGGUGGACGAUCCUAUAAAACAGUUUUGGAUCGCUGGAGAGAGUCACUUCUUUCUUCUACCAGCUUGUCUCAAGUCUUCCUUCAUCUGUCUACGUUGGAUCGAAGUGUCAUCUGGUCAAAGUCCAUCCUCAAUGCUCGCUGUAAAGUAUGUCGAAAGAAAGGUGAUGCAGAAAGCAUGGUGCUGUGUGAUGGCUGUGAUCGAGGCUAUCAUACCUACUGUAUCAGGCCCAAGCUGAAGAUCAUUCCUGAAGGAGACUGGUUUUGUCCAGAGUGCCGACCAAAGCAGCGCUCUAGACGCCUUUCCUCCAGACAGAGACCAUCUGUGGAAAGUGAUGAAGAGAUGGCUGAGCGAACAGAAGGGAGGAAGAGGCAAGCUACGAUGAAAUGAGACAAAGCGAGGAAGAGGAUUAUGAAGAAGAACAUGAAGAAGAAGAUGAAUCUCAGGAGGAAGAAGAGAUGAGGUAAACAGGCAUCCAUUAGAGUGAUUUCCUACUGGAAUACUCUCUUGACUGUUAGGUGAAGUAAUUUUUUCAUAUAAGCAAGUCUUGAAAAUCCAGUGCUGAGUGAGGAAGGAAGCUAGUUGUCAAUUUGGCCCUUACUGAUGGGGUUUAAAAAAAGAAAAAA